AUGGCCAAUAUCACGAAGAAAGUGUCGUGGUCGAGCCGGGGUGACGAGUCCGGUGGCGGCGAGAGAACCCCACUUCUCAACGGCUCCGAAGAAGUCCGGUACACCAGACAGGUGUCCGGGGACGGUGGGAUGUUUCACAUCGGCAGACUGAGCACUGUGGAUCUGGAGGAGGACAUGACGUCAGACGAGGACUCAGUGAGGGGCUGUCCCAAGGAGAUCCCUCACAACGAGAAGCUGCUGUCACUCAAAUACGAGAGUCUGGACUAUGACAACAGUGAGAAUCAGCUGUUUCUGGAGGAGGAGAGACGGAUGAGCUUCUUAGGGUUCAAGUGUUUGGAGAUCAGUCGGUGGGUGAUCUGUGGUCUGAUUGGCUUCCUGACUGGACUCAUAGCCUGCUGCAUAGAUAUCGCCGUGGAGAACCUGGCUGGGGUCAAGUACUACGUUGUCAAACAGAACAUCGAGAAGUUUACGGAGGUGGGAGGUCUCUCCAUCUCCCUCAUCCUCUGGGCUGUGCUGAACUCGGCCUUCGUCAUGGUGGGCGCUGUUAUUGUGGCGUUCUUCGAGGUAAGAGGGAGAUGGGGAAUGUGUGUGUGCAUCGAAGAGGAAGGAGUGUGUUU